CUACGGAGGAGGGGGGUGGUGGUGAAGACGAGCGGGCGAAGGCGGGGGCGUACAACCGUGUAAAGAAAUGGCGUUACAAUAACUACUAGCCAAAUGUGACCAGAGACCAAAGGCAUCAUGGUUAAUUUAGGAGUAUGUUGUGCUAGCCUGAAGGACAACAAAGCCCUGAUGAAGAUCGGUCUUGGGCUGGUGCUGGUGGGUCAUGUCAACUUUCUGCUGGGAGCACUGGUGCAUGGUGCUGUGCUCAGACACAUCAACGUGCACGCUCAGGCCCGAGCCAUGGUGUAUGCCAUCUCCAAUGUCAUCGCUAUUGUGGCUGGCCUGGUGGGAAUCAUCGGUGGAAUAACAGCAAUUGUCUUGUCCAAAAACAAGAGAAACAGGAUUCUGAAGUGGGUUCUGUUGCUCAUCAGCUUCCUGGCAGGUCUCUUGGCAGUCGCCUCCAGCUUGGGCCUGAUAGUUUCCAUGGUGAAGGCCAUUAUACACGGGGGACGGAGCCUGCUAACACAUUGCAGGUUUCCCGAUGCUAUUGGCUAUUCCAGCAUCACCAAUGAAUGUCCUUUUGACCCCACUCGUGUCUAUGGAACCACAAUAAUUCUUUGGGUGCCUCUCAUCUUGAUGUCUGUGGUGGAGAUGGUGUUCGCCUUCCGCUGCUUUGCAGCCUGCACCAACUUCCUCCACCUCUGUCCAUGCAGGAGAAAACCUAUAAAUGCUCGAAGAGUGCGCAUUCAGAGACCCAGAGAAACCCCAUCAUCACCUCCUCCAGCAUCAGAGCCAGAGCCAGAGGUUGCAGAGCAGCACGAGUUGUUGAAUUGUGAUGCUUCGGGAGAACAGAGUGAUUGGCUCUGAAGUAAAAAAACAAACAUACCU